CACGGGAGCCGGCGCUGCCAUAAAAAAGGGCGGGAGCGGCGGAGCGGCGCAUCCUUCUGGCCCGCGGUCAGAGCGGCGGCAGCGGCAGCGCGGCGGGACGACAGCGGCAGCAGGCGGGCAUGGGGACGGCGCUGGCGGCGCGGCUCGGCCUGGGGCUCCUGCUCCUGGCUCUCCUCCUACCCACGCAGAUCUACAGCGAUCCCAAUGGAACAAGUCCAACACCUUCAAACAAUUCAAGUUCCACUUCUCUGUCAGCUGUCACAAAUUCAGUGAACAAUACCACCCCUCAGGGACAUGGAAAUUCCCUUCACUCAACCACAAGUCUUCUUUUCAUUCUCUCAGUUUCUCUUCUGUAUUUUUGCUGUUAAGAGACUCUGGCAUGGAAAUGGCUACCACUCCCCACCCAGUUUCCUGAACCAUCUGAGAUGGCUAGAUCUCUGACCCAGCAUGAAAAUAAAUCAGUCCAAACUCUGCAUCAAACCAGCUUGGUUCCACUCCAUACUCAAAUUAGUACCAGUCUGAUCUAGAGAAGCACUCAGUAUUCUGACUUUCCAAAGCUGACCAGUGUGAAAAAACGACUUCAGCAAGGAGGUAAAACGAUGAGCUCUUUCACCAAAUGAGUUGGAAUUGAAAAACAAGAUGGAAGCAAAAAGAGACGGUAUUGACAACCCCUGCUUUAAAGCUGAGAAGAAAUGCAGUAUCUUACAAUAAGGAUGGAUAAUAACACUCCACUAAAAAAAAAAGGCUAGAGGGUUUAUCUACCUUUUAGAGUAAGGACUUGAAGAGAUUUUAUUUUCCAUUUAAGUUCAUUAAAGUCAACAGGCUCAUAGAACCACUAGAAAACACAGAAGAGCUUGAAUGGUUCUGUUUCUUGCAUAGCCUAUAUGGUUAUAACCUAUGGGUAGUAGGAUGUAUGCAAAAGAAAUAAAAUAUUGAUGAAAAGGGUUUCUUCUAGAUUUCAUUUGUAUGAAAUUGUUACAAGGCUAAAAUAAAAUACCAAAUUUUUGUAAGAAUCCUCUUAUUUUACUUCUGAGUCCUAACCAAAUGGCUAGCCAGGCAGGGCUAGUUUUGAAAUAGCUGAAAGCCACCAGUUUUCCUAAGAGUUGAAUUAUCUAUGGUGGUAAUUCAAAUUUGAUGUUUUACUUAAAUUGUUUGUAUAUUAAACCAUAUGUGCCAGAGAAAGGAGGUGUGGAAACAUUGGAAAAAGUACCAGGAGCUUUUUGUAAAUGAAGUCCUGACAAAACAAAACAAAAAAGUUAAUAAAUAAAUGUCUCUUCUUUCCCCUAUUUCUCCUCCCAAAUUCUAAAAAUUGGUUAAGUUCUUCUUGCUCCUGGAACUUUCCUUAAUUAUGAAGGAUUUGUGGAAUCUUUAGAGUAAUGUUCUAGUGCUGCUUUGUUUUUGUUUUUUUUUUUUUUGGCACAAGGUAAAUAACUUAGGUUUUUUUUUUUGAAGAGUUUUAAUUCUGAUAGUUUACUUUAAACAUGGGCUAAUAUUUGCGGUGGGGAGAAGGAAUGGGGAGAGGAGAGCAAAACGCCAAAAAUAAGAAAUUAAAUGAUCAGGUGUUUGGAAUAUGAAGACUGGAGUCUUAAUCUAAUCCCUGAAUUUAAAGGUUACCUUUGUAAAUACUACUUUUUAAAAUUUUUCUGAAUCAAAAUUGCUACACUUGCACAGAUUGUUUCUGUAUCAUCCAACACUUUAGAUAAUAGUAUCUGGUACUCGAUCAAAGCAAGCUUUGUUGAAGAGGUUCAACUACCUUGAUGAUAAUACUUUGUCAGAAAAAAAUAAUGUUGAUAUGAUCACAUGUGAGUAUACAUGAUCAUAUCACUGUGUAUAGCUAUUUAUCUUGCUAUAAGAUCAUGUCAAACAUGAGUGGCUCUUUUUUUUUUUUUUUUUUGAAAUACACAUCUGUCUUUCAGUUACUUUACCACCAAUCCACAGUAUCAUAUAUUAAUAGCAAGCUAACAUUAAAUUCAUGUCGGUGAGUGUACAUGGACAUUUCCUUAUGCUUAUCAUUUGUAUCCAGUAAAAUGUUAAUGAUUGUAUUUUUGUGUUUGUGUAAUUAUGCUUUGAUUUAUUAGCUACUGAUUUUCACUGGAAAAAAAAAAAACCUGUAAAUAAAACAGUGGACAGGCAAUGCAUUCUAGAUGCACUUCCAGAAACUUCUACAAAAACUUGUAACUUACCUGCAUAAAGUGAAUGAACUGUUGAGCAAGACGGUAUAUGUGAUUAAAAACCUCAAGGUCUAGAAAUGCUGAAGUGUAAUUAGUUUUAUUUCUCUAAGGUUUAGUGACACUGAGAGUCUGGAUUCCACUCUGAAAUGAGUGCGUGAGAUUUGAUUAGCAUCUCUAGUAACUGUAGUAAGUUUUCCACACUUAUUACAGCCUCUUCCCUUUCAAAGUAUUAUUAUGCUUUCUUUUUAGACAAACAGAGCUUAAACAGAGUUUUCCUUUGUUUCUUACCGUGGCAGCGAGUUACUUUCCUUACAACGGCUAAAGCUGUCUUUCAGCUUCUGGUUAUCAAGUAUGUGAAUUAACUGCUUGAGGUUUCUGACUCCCACGGACUACGUUAAUAUAAUAAGAAUAUUCUAAUAAUACAAGUUUCACCAUGCUUGAUGAAGGACAGGGGCUGGAAGAGGCAGGAAUUUGUGCAAUAUUUUGCCGAAAAGCAAAACCUGUCAGGAUGAGAACUCAAAAGCAGUUAGUUCAUGACAUUCCGAAGUUGCGUCUUUGUUGUUUUUCAGGUACGCUCCUUUCUAAGAACCCCUAAAGGCCCGGUGCUAUUCUGUGAUUAUCUUUGCUCACUAGAUGUGGAGGAAGGCAUUUAAAAAACGCCUAGCUACUUAGGCAUGCUGCGCGAAGGUCUGCAUUUUUCAGUGGGAAAGAGGCCCCCGGAGAGGCCUCCGGAGGGAAUGCAGCGCGGCAGGCCUUUGAUUGUGUUCCUUUACUUUUCCAGUAGGCUGAGCAAACCCGAGGAGCGGCAAGAGUUUAUCAAAGCUCACCAUUUGCCUGUACCUUGGAAUCUGCAGGGAGUUUCGGAGCACAUUGUUCCCUUGUUUAGCUUAUAUCUGAAUGCUCCAGAAGAAAGCAUGGAGAUAAAAUAUUACGUCAACCAUUACCUGGCUGUGUAUCUUUUUAAAAAGGUAAAAUUGAAAAGAGAGAUAUUUUCUCCAAAGAGACGGAGAACAACAAAGGCUGCAACAAUGGGCCUUAAUUUUGUGAUGUACCAGUAAAAUAAGUGAAAUACAGGCAUAUGUUUGAAGUUAAGUUUUGCUAGAUAUUCGGAUGAAUUGGGAUGGUUGGCUUAACUGAUGGCAUGCCUUUUUUUUUAAGUUAUAUUUUUGAAGCAAUAGGGCCAGAUUUGUGUUUUAAUAGCAUCUAAGCAUGUUUAAAGUCUCUUGAGUUUUUGAGUUUUCACCAGACCAGAUGAGCGAUUUAGAAAAAUGAUCUGGUAACCUUUGUUCCGUUCCAUUCCGUCACAGAACAAUGGAAUCAGUGAUGAAGAAAUCCACCCAGGGAAAGAGGACGUGAUGGAUUUAUUUAACGAAAUGGGAAGGUGGGAGGGAAGGGAGGAGAAUGGAGCCUACGCACUUCACGACUACUUAAUUUUUUUAAAAUGACACCUGUAAUAACUGGAACCAGCUCUUGCCUAUGCCUCUCACUUUCAUGAAUCUGUCCAGCUGGAGUGUGUCUGGAUAAUAUGUUAUUGCAAUGACUCUGAAACAAUUCUGCUUCUGUUUGAUGCAUGGCACUGCUUUUGUUGUAAACAUAUGCUAGCCACCUAUGUCCUGAAUAAAGUACAGUGUUAUUAUUUGAAUGAAA